AUGGCGGUUUUUUUGACUCCGCGGUUCAGGCGGCUUCGGAGUCAGAGCGAGCUGGAGCCGCGGCGCGGCAGCGGGGGGCGGCAGCGGCGAGAUUGUGCUGGUCCUUUCCAAGCAACUCAAUUGUGGAAUAGUAUUAUUCAUGCUCUUCGAAGUCAGGUGGAAAUCAAAAGACGUAGACAACAUCUAAAAACAUACAAAAACUGCUUUACUGGCUCAAAUGCUGUUGAUGUAGUACUGAGUCAUCUUAUGCAAAGCAUGUACCUAAGCUGUAAUGAUAUUUCUCGGCUGAAGGGAGUCCGCGUGUGCCAGGCACUGAUGGAUCACAAGGUGUUCGAGCCAGUUGGAGCAAAGCUUCACCUAUUCAAGAAUGGAAAAGAACCUGAGUUUGAAGACACAAGCAAUAGUCUCUAUAAAUUUGUGAAUAGCAAUAUUACUCCUCUUCUUCUGAGAAAGAAUAAAGACAAUGAGAGCUUGUCCCCUGAGCAAAUUUAUGAACAGAAGACAAAAAGACAUUUGAAGAUGAAGUGUGAAACAACCCUUUCAAACCCUUUGGCAUUAGCAGCAGCUGAUAAAAAGAGGAUAGAGGAGCUACUUCAAUCAAUAAGUGUUCAUCAGUCUUUACCUCCAAAGAUCAGGGUUAAUGAACCAACUCAGCUACUUUCAAAAAGAGUGAUAGAUGACGUCUGGAAACAGCAAACUCUGUUACGACUACUACAAUUAACUGAUGUUCCAGUUCUAGAAAAUAUUUUGGUAUCUUCAGUAAAGAGAAAAACAGACUGUUUUGGCAGAGAAGAAGACCUAAUUAUCUCAAAUACUUUCCUGGACAGAGAGGUUACAUAUAGCCUAAACUUGCCUGAGCUUGACAAGUGGCUCUACGCUGCAAUUGAAUGCUUGGAGUAUUUCCCAGACCAAUUCAUAAUGAUGGUUAGUCAGCGGUUACCUCAAAGCAAUAGCAAACCAGGUGAUCUGAAUACACACAAGAAGAUCCUUUUUGACGUUAUAAUUAAAUAUUAUAGUCAAAAGAAGGACUCCCUUCUUUCCACUCAGGAUCUCGAAUUUCAUGCAGGAAUUAUAGAACUUCUAGAAAAAGGAAAAACAGAACAAGCUCUAGAGGCAUCACAACUUUAUUUAAGAUUAUUAACACCAAAUAUCCGAGAAGAACUGCUUAGACUGCUGACGUUUAUAGCCAUUGCAUCAGAAUCCGAGGGCUACAAAUUACAAAAACAAUUUGAUAACAGAUCAGUGAUCAUCAAGACUUGUACAAAGUUCAUUUUACAAAACAAGACAUUAUCAAAAUCACAGGCAGAGCUGUUGGUUCAGUUUCUGAUGGACAAUCACUCUGAUCUCUUGAGGACUCCUUUAACUCUUCUAGAACUAACUAGUAGGAGACUUGAAAGCCUGCUGGAAGGACAACAUGCAAAUAUCAAUUCAGGCUUCACCUUCUGUCAGCGUUUGACACCUAAAGAAUAUGAAGAUCAAAAACAACAAACAAAUCAGUAUCUUCUGGCACUGGUUCAAGAAAUAGACAAUAAUCCUACAAUUCCUUUGAAGCAGAAGAAGAAACUAAUUAAAGAAUUCCGGAAAUACCAUUUUCUCAUCUUUUGUAGUGGUUGUAAAACUAAAUGUGAAUUUUGCACUGCAAAUGGUUAG